AAUUCACUUUCAAUUUCACUUUAUAAGAUAAUAUAUACCUUCUUCUUCUUCCUCAUCAUACAAUCAUCAAUGGCUGCUCCUGCCCUAGAACUCAGAUCUCUCGGAAACACCGGUCUCAAGCUCAGUUGCGUUGGAUUCGGAGCUUCUCCUCUCGGCAAAGUCUUCGGCCCCGUAACCGACGAAGAAGCCAUCUCUUCCGUCCGUCAAGCCUUUAGCCUCGGGAUUAACUUCUUCGACACUUCUCCGUAUUAUGGAGCAACCUUAUCGGAGAAGAUGCUCGGCAAAGGACUGAAAGCACUCGGAGUACCAAGAGAUCAAUACAUUGUAUCCACCAAAUGCGGCAGGUAUGCUGAAGGUUUUGAUUUCAGUGCCGAUAGAGUUACUCGCAGCAUCGAUGAAAGCUUAGAAAGGUUACAGCUUGAUUAUGUUGAUAUAUUACAGUGCCAUGACAUCGAAUUCGGUUCACUGGAUCAGAUUAUUAAUGAAACAAUCCCUGCUCUUCAAAAACUUAAGGAAUCGGGCAAGAUUAGGUUCAUUGGUAUAACAGGUCUUCCUUUGAGGAUCUUUACAUAUGUUCUUGAUCGUAUACCACCAGGGACUGUUGAUGUGGUUCUUUCGUACUGUCAUUAUUGUAUAAACGAUUCAUCGUUGGAAGAUUUGCUGCCUUAUUUGAAGAACAAAGGUGUUGGGAUUAUUAAUGCUUCUCCUCUUUCAAUGGGACUUCUUACAGAAACUGGUCCACCUCAAUGGCAUCCAGCUUCACCUCAACUUAAGGCUGCAUGUAAAGAGGCUGGAGAGUACUGUAAAGGGAAGGGGAAGAACAUAUCGAAAUUGGCAUUGCAGUAUAGCUUGUCAAAUAAAGAUGUAGCGACCGUGCUAGUGGGAAUGAACUCUGUUCAACAGGUUGAAGAGAAUGUGAAUGCUGCAAUAGAACUGACAACAACUGGGAAAGAUGAGGAAACUCUCUUGGAGGUUCAAGAGAUUCUCAAGCCAGUCAAGAACCAAACAUGGGAAUGAAAUUUUGAAUAAUAAACUCUAUCUACCCUUUCUCGCAUUUACGAUUUCUUGCCAUGUAAUUCUGAUCUAUAUUUAUUCAAACACUUUCUAGCUCAACCAGUUCUGAAUUUCAUUUGUUCAUCCAUGUGAACUUUUAAGAGAAUAUUAUUGGACUUUGAUUCA